AUGGUUGAAAGCAAGGAAGUACAAACAAAUCGAAAAGAUGAGGGCGAUUCAUCGUCAUUCAAUUUAUUGCUUUCCGUUUCGGCGGCGAUUGCAGUUCGAGCAGCAAGUUUCGCUUAUUCGGAUUACUUCGAAGAACGCGUUGAGUUCACAUCCACCGUAUAUUCGUUCGAGCGCGUGAAGGACGGAAUUGCAAUGCUUGACGAUGGGUUAGAUCCAUUCGAAACCAAGAAUAUGCACUUUUUACCCCUAACUCUCUACGUAGUUCGAUACCUUCUCAAGACAUCCCCAGUCCUUUUGGCUCCUCUGUGGAUUCUUCUGGAUAUUUCUACAGCGUGGAUAGCAGCUCAGUCUGCGCAAAAAGUCUGGAAAUCGGUUCACGGAAGAGAUGAUCGGAACAUCGGGAAGCUAGUGUUCAGUCUAUACGCCUACAAUCCCAUUGCUAUCAUAUCUACUGGGAUUCUGUCUCUCACUGUGGUUCAAAACUUUGUGUUCGCUGCUAUAUUUUUCUUUCUCGUUUCAGAUCGUCCUGCAGUCUGUGCUCUUCUCAUCGGAGCUUGGUCGUCAUUCACAAUAUUCCCGUUUAUCCUCAUAUCAUGCCUCGCUUUCCGGGCAAAUGGCUCGCUAUUCAAAUUUCUGUCGCUAGUGGCUCUUUCGAUAUUUAGUGCUACAACCUUCUUCGCGCUUAAUUUCCUUCUGAAUGGAAAUAGUCUGAACUUUGUGGAACCAACCUAUACCUCAAUAUUGAAGUUUACCAGCAUUCAACCCAAUGUCGGUCUCUACUGGUACUUUUUCGUUCAGAUCUUUGAACAUUUCCGUUCAUUCUACACGAAUUCAUUUGUAAUCCUUUACUUCUUUAUGCCCAUCCCAAUCACUAUCAUGAUCCGGAGAGACCCCGUUCUUCAUUUCACUAUCAUCGGACUGCUCGUUUCCAUCUUCUUCCCAUAUCCAACACUCAAUCAAGUGUCCUUCGUUUUGGCCAUUCUGCCAUUACUCGAAGAGUAUAAGAAACACUUCCGAUACACUCUUCUCAUCGGUGGCGCAAUAAUCACAACUAUUGCACUGAUGCCUGUCAUGUGGCACAUGUGGAUGGUUAGCUCAAGUGGGAACGCAAACUUCUUUUUCGGAGCCACUAUUGUCUACAAUGUGGCUUUAAUUAAUCUUGUGAUGGACAUGAUUUUCGUUUACUCUCGACGACAAAUCGAUUUGGAAUAUAGCGACACACUUACGAAGAAAACCAAAAUGGACUUUGCAUUUUAUUGA